AUGGUCUAUAACUAUGAUACACCCGAUGAAUACAAUAAUAAUGUACAGCGCAUAUCCACAGAAAUGGGACGCGAAACUACGAUAGGAGAGAUCAAAAACAAUCCCCUUUCCUUAUCAACAAUGUUUCAUAAAAUAUUCAAAUGUCUUAGAAAAUAUAUGAGAUUUGUAGGACCCGGUUUAAUGGUCUCAGUGUCAUAUAUGGAUCCCGGGAACUAUAGUACAGCGGUGGCAGCUGGUUCUACACAUAGAUAUAAAUUACUAUUUUCAGUUUUGUUAUCUAAUAUAAUGGCAGCAUUUUGGCAGUGUCUUUGUGCCAAAUUGGGCGCUGUUACAGGCUUAGACUUGGCAUCCAAUUGUCAAAAACAUUUGCCAGCCAAUUUAAACAUUUUCCUAUACAUAUUAGCCGAGUUGGCUAUAGUGGCUACAGAUCUAGCUGAAGUUGUUGGAACUGCCAUUUCCUUAAAUAUUUUGUUUAAGGUUCCAUUGCCAUUAGGUGUUAUCCUAACUGUUGUAGACGUUUUGAUUGUUUUAAUGUGCUACAAACCUAAUGGUGACUUGAAAAUUGUCCGUUGGUUUGAAAUGUUUGUUUCUGUACUAGUUAUUUUGACAGUAGCAUGUUUUAGUAUUGAACUAUAUCAGGUCGAUAUAGGUUCCACCAAGGAAAUGUUAUCAGGAUUUCUACCAAGUAGAGAGGUGAUCGAGGGUGAUGGGCUUUAUUUAAGUUUAGCUAUAUUGGGGGCCACAUUAAUGCCCCACUCCUUAUAUUUAGGUUCAGGAGUAGUACAACCAAGGCUAAGAGAUUACGAUAUUAAAAAUGGGAAUUAUAAACCAAAGGAUAUAGAUAUGGAAAAUAAUCACGACAAGUAUAAACCAUCUUUGGAGGCCAUCAAUUCGAUGUAUCAUUAUACUGUUGCAGAGUUGCUAGUAUCAUUAUUUACUGUGGCUUUGUUUGUGAAUUGUUCCAUAUUAAUAGUUGCUGGUGCUACUCUAAGUCCAGACAUUAACGGAAUAGCAGAUGCAGAUUUAUUUACAAUUUAUGAUAUAUUAUGUUCCACAUUGAGCAAAGGAGCAGGUGUCAUCUUUGUUCUAGCAUUAUUGUUUUCGGGGCAAAGUGCUGGUGUUGUUUGUACGCUAAGCGGACAAAUUGUUAGUGAAGGGUUUUUAAAUUGGACAAUUUCACCAACGUUAAGAAGAGCUGUUACAAGAGCGGUUGCCAUAUUGCCCUGUUUGAUUUUGGUCUUUGUGGCUGGUAGAACAGGUCUAAGUGGUGCCUUGAAUGCAUCUCAAGUUGUUUUGUCUCUAUUAUUGCCAUUCGUAUCAGCCCCGUUAUUAUAUUUUACUAGCAACAAGAAAAUCAUGAGUGUCAGAAAAAGUAGUUCUCCGUCAUCUUAUGAAUUGGAAAGCUUAAAUGGUUCAAGCGAAAACGAUAACGGCAGUAGUAAUAACGAGUUAGAAGUAGAAUAUGAGGAUAUGAGUAAUGGUGUGUGUACUACCAUAUUAGCUAUAUUAUCGUGGUUGUUUAUCUCGGGGCUAAAUUUUUAUCUAUUGAUUAGUUUUAGCCAAGGUAAAGAUGUGCAUUUAUAA